GGUGCGGGCGGGCCAGUAGUGCAACUCGAGUGCGACGAGGCCUCACCGCCGCCGGCGCCACCGCGCGAAGAGAGUCGCGUCAUCGCGCGGGUAUUGCGCCAUCCUGCGGCCGCGAGGCCAAGUAGUGCGGGAGCGUCGCCGAGCGUCGCCGACAUGGCGUGCGCGUGUCCGGAGUGUCCGGAGGCCGCCGCCGCCCGCGCCAGCCUCGCCGGCCUCGCCCCCGAGAGGUAGGCCGUACCGCCGCGCUCGGAUGCACGGCGGCCAGCGGGGGUUGCCUACCCCGCCGGGCGCUUCACCCGCGAGACAUGUCCGGUAUCAUCUUCGAGGAGGACGAGGACGACGGCGUGGCCGAGCUCGAGAGGAUCAUCGAGGAGUCCGGCGAGGACGAGGAGGAGGAUGAGGUGGAGGAGGACGUGGAGGAAGGUGUGGAGGACGACGGCGGCGGCGAGGAGGAGGAGGAGGAUGCAGGGGUGACGCGGCUGCCCCGCCCUCAGACCGCCGUCCCCUUCUCACUCGCCGGCCGGCGGAGGAGCAUCCAUUGGAACGACGAGACCCAGGUGCUGUCCUCCUCCAACGCCACCAGCUCGCCGGCCAGCUCCAGAGCGAGCUCCCCCGGCCGCUCGCGGGACGCGUCACCCCGCGGCUCCCCCGCGCCGGGCUCUCCCGCCCGCUCCCGCCCGUCCUCUGCCACCGCCGCCGCCAACAACACCCCCGCCCCCGCGCUGUCGGCCGUCUCCAGCUUCAGGCGGAGCCUCAAGCUCCUGGGGCUGCAGCCCAGGGAGCUCGGGCUGCCGGAACAGCCGUCGCCGUGUCCGCAGGGCGGCCUGCACGCCGGCCGGCAGGGCGACAGGAGGAGCAGGUCGCCAGGCCCCACGUUCACCACGAGACUCCGGUCGCGCAGCGUCUCCCUGGACGACCUGCGCGCGGCCGCGCAGCAGCAGGGCGCCCUCACUCCGGACAAAGACGGCGGCGUGUACCGGAUGAUCUCGAGCGCCGUAUACGAGGAGUGGUACUUCCGCAAGGAGCAGGAGCUGAUCGAGCGCCGGCGCCGCGAGCAGGAGCAGGAGAGGAGGAACUUGGAGGAGAUGGAAAAGAGGAAAGCCGAGAUGCAGAGGAAGUCACAGGACAAGUUCCAGGAGUGGCUUAGGCAGAAGACACGCCAGCUAAAGACGAAAGGCAAAGACAGUUCCGGGGCGGCCGGCGGCCUGGGGCCGCGGCAGGGGCAGGCGCUCAGGGCCACGCACUCGAUGCAGCGGCUGGUGACGCCGGAGCGCGCGGAGCGAGCCUUCCAGGAGUGGAAGCGCGCCAAGGAGGAGCAGCGCGCCCAGGGCGCCGGCCAGGCCAAGGGCGACAGCAGGCUGCCCGCCAGGCACGCUCGCCCGGGCGCCGGCGAGCGCCGCGAGGACGCCGAGAAGGCGUACGAAAUGUGGAGGAAGAGAAUCAAGGAGCAGGAGAAGGAAGAAGCGGAGAAGAAGAAGCGGGCAGAGGAGAAGCGACGGCAGGAGAUGGACAGGAAGGAGAAGGAGAGGAAAGAGAUGAACGAGAAGUCGUUUGAACGCUGGAAGGCGGAGAAGGAGCAGCAGAUCAAAAAGACUGAAGAGAGGACAAGGCGGAAAGAGACCCGCCUGGAGGCCAUGGAGCAAGAGAAACGCCAGCAAAGGCAGUACGAGGCCCAGCAAGCGUUCCUCGUGUGGUUGGAUGACGUGGAAGACAAGGAGGCAGCAGCACACCUGCAGGCGCAACAGCGGGCGCAGCUGCAGCACAGGGGCCGGGCGGCGGCGGUCAACGGGCCUAGCUUCCGGCCCGCGCGCCGACACAGCUGCUCGGACUGACUUAGGGUGGCUUAGGAGGGGUGCAGGUGCAGCACGUGUAUGUAACUCCCGUAUGUAAAUAACAAUGCACAGCAUUCUGUCCAGAUGAUAGUAUUAAUCUACUUCGAGGUGGGUAUUGAGUAUUUGUUAUUCUUUAUAAAAGGUUUUAAUGUUAGUGCUAGGCACAUUUUAAUACCAGAUAGUGGCGGUCAAAGUAAGGCGUUAUUUUCCUUUGGGUAGGAAACCCGUUUUUGCCUGUUCGGGUCAGUAGCACGGGUUGCCUACCCAACGGAUGAAAAGCGCCUGCGCUGCCCACCAGACAUAGUUCAAUGUCAUAUUUAAUUAGUUUUACAUUGUCGUUUGAAAACACGAUGAUAAGGUAUUCUGCAAUAUGUAUGUGAAUCUUAAAAUAGGCAAUCAUGUGGAUGAAUAUUUUAACUGAGAUAUUAAAACUUGGAAAGUUGUGA